ACCAUUUUAGAUUUUAUCUCUCUUUCUCUUUCUCUCCCAAAAAGAAACCUAAAAAAACUUCAAUCCGAAUCUCACAAUCAUCUCCUUAAAGUCUCAAUACUUCAAUUUUACUCAAAACUCAUUCAAAAUCAAACAAAGGUACAUUUCCAGUUCCUCACCGAAACCACUACUACAAGUACAAUAACCUCCAAUUCUCACCGCUUAUAAAAAACCCUCAAUUGCAGCUCUAAUUCCUCAAGUAGUUAACCUUCGAAUCUACUGAAGAUAUUUGCACAGCAUCAUGAACAUCAUCUCUAAUCUGAAAAUCAGGAUCCUCUCCUUCAACUCUCAAAACCGCUUCCAAUGUUCAAAACGGUUCGAUUCGAAACAAACUCGGCGAAUUAGCCGAGUUUCUCCAGCGGCGAGUUCUGUGAGAAACUCGGCUGAGUCAGCAAGCUUUACUCCCACGUGGUUUAACGGAAAUCCCCUUUGAUCAUGACGGAUUUCCGUUAUUUUAAGCGGCAAUUCAAGAAUCAACAAAACAGGUAUUUUUACUGUUUCUCCUCUUCUGAUUUCAUCACAUUAUAAAACCUCUCCAUCUCCUUGUAGCACUGUCAUCAAGUUACUUUCAGAAACCCCUCAUUUUACUUGUAAAACUCUUACCACUCUCCCUCUGGUAGCUGCUAUCUUUUUUGUUCUUGCAAACCCAAGUAGCCAUGUCCAAUUGCGCUAAAACUAUAGCUUCAAGGGUUUCUAUCUCUGAUAAGCCCAAUUCUCGCAAAAAUGAAGUUCUAAACAAUGGGGUUAGUGUUAGUGUAGUAGGAUCAAUCUAUUUGUUGAACAUUGUUUCGACCAAGAACUCAAGUGUGGUCAUUUCUUGGUUGAAAAAUCAUGUCUUAGGGUGUCAAGAUUCUAUUCCUGUGUGUAUCAUUCAGAAGAAUGAUGAUCUUGUUCUAGGGAUUUUGAGGAAUAAUGAAGUUCUCCUGUAUCAACUGCAUCAACCCCAACCCCAAACCCAGAGAGUUCCUGAUUCAGUGUUACAUUUAGUAAAUGAUGAUAGAAAACUUCAGUUCAUUGGUUUUAAAAUCCAAGAUAAUCUAAUUCAGCUUUUGAAAGGUUUUGGAUUUGAACUGAGAAUCUCUGAGGCAAAAGAAAUUACUGCAGGAAAGAAGUUCAAAGAGUUUACAGAGUUAGGAGAUCUUAUUUCUUCCAAAGAUAUUUUCCAGGAGCAUGUUGAAGGGUCAUUGGUCCAACAGAAUUCAGUUAUUCUCUCCUGCCUUCAUCUAUUGAGGGCCUCUUUAUUGAAUUCUUAGAUUGAUGCUGACAAUGGGGAACUAGUGCUGCUAUUUUUUUUGUUUGUUCAGUUUUGGCAGUGCCACUGGCAGGUGGUAGUUUAUCUGAAGUCCUAAACUGCAAAUGACCAGUUGUGAUACUCUGGAACUAGUUAUGGGAUCGUAUAACAUCAUAUGAUACAGCGCAAAUAUUAGAGAUAAGGGAUGAAACUAGUGGAAUACAAGGCACAUCAUAUGUUGUAACUAAUAUAUGGAGUAACUGGAGUCACUUCUUCUGAUUAGAGUUAUGCUUGUCAGGUUCUAGAGAAAGCUGAUCAUACAAUGGAAAAAUGAGCAAAAAUUGGUUUGAUUUGUUAUUUUAAAGUGACAAUUGUGCGGUGCAGUAUUUUCUCCACCGGGGUGUGCAGAACCCCAGUCAAAGUGAAGCGUUUUUCUAUUAGGUUUACGAGUAUCUUUAGACAUAGCUUGGGUUGGACAUCCCUUAGUAGUGAAUCACCAUCCCUUAUUUGAGAAGAAGUUCUGUUAUGUUUGGAUUUGAUAUCAUAUUUAUAGGGGUGGGGAUGUGUUCUGAGUAACAUAACGUUUGUCUCUCUCCUGGAGUGAUUUACAGCUCUCUGUAUUUGUUAUGCUGUUGUUUGAUUGUAGACAAUAAACAUGUUUAAGAUCGUGGUUUAAAAUUGUGGUUCAAUGACUAGUAUUAAGAUGUGUGCUUUUUUUU